GAUAGUUCUUUACUCCUCGAAAACUACGUAUCAACUACUUCCAAGAGAAAGGCAUUCAGACAGCCGCCCCACCUAUUUAACGCGAAGAUUGUUUUCAAGUCAUUUUAUUCCACCAGGCCACGUGCAAAAGUAAGCCCCCACCGUAGCGGCAACAUCUUUGGCACCAUGGUAUUUGUAGCCGAUGAGAAAGCAUUUGGCGAGGCAUUUCUCGACGCUUUUUGGACUGGCAAAAUGGCUCAGAUUCAUCAAGGAAUUACCAGUGGACGACUCACCCAGGAACAUCUCAAUGAAGCCCUUGUUCCUGCUACAGGAAACGGUUUUGAACAAGGAUACGCUGAUAUUGUAUCAGCGCUGUUCGCCGCAGGCGCUUGUAUUACACAAGAUGCGAUCGACGCCUUACAUGGGGAAAAUAUGCAGCAGGAUCCUGCCGUGAUUCGACUUUUCUUCAAUCACGGGCUUGAUCCUAACGCGACAAUCACUGGUGGCGAGCCUGUUCUUGGGAGCUCCAUCCUCGAUCUCAGCUGUGCUCGAGAAUUCCUUACGCGAGGAACUGAUCCAAACGCUUUCGGCCCAUCUAAGACUACAGCACUCUAUCGUGCGCUCGAUGUCGACGAAGUAGAAUUAGCUGAGCUGCUUGUUACGGAUGGAGCUACGCUGCAGCCGGAUCUCCUUUGGGCUACUGUAGGUCUUCGUAAGCGGAACGGAGAACUCACAACUAAGUUCCUUCUUGAUAAGGGACUAGAUCCGAAUCAAGCUGUCUCUGAAAAAUGGGGCCAUCCUCUACACCUUGCAGCCUUAGCUGCAGAGCCAAAUAUUAUCAAGUUACUGCUCGACGGCGGCGCAGAUCGUACCAUACCAUCGACUGGCUGGAGAUUCCCUGGAAAAACAGCUGAGUAAAUCGUUCUGGCAACCAUGUCUGGUGCGGAAAAUCCUGAUAAUGAAAAAAAGAAGGCUGUCCUUCGACUUCUUCGCUCUUAGCAAACCUACGAGUCAGCUUGUGGAUUUCAAAUGUCGGGAGCAGCAGCACAGCUAGAGUUGAUGGAAAUCGUGAUGCAUGUACCUGCUUUAUACCCUGUAUACCGGGAGUAGCCUGUCCAGAAACUGUCAUGAAAAGUUCCACAUAUGCGUCAAAUCACUUUACUUGAAUGUUUUCUACAUACAUGCAGGUCUUUGCUUUACUGGUAACACAUCUCGACACAUCAACACACAGCCUCCGUAACCACCUGGAGAACCAUGCAGCAGCUAAGGUUACUCCUAUAGUUGGCCUUUGUGGUGACUGUCAACUCCCUCGUCACUGAUGUAAAGAGUAAUGCCGUUGAACAAGAUAGGGGUAUCGGAACCAUGCAAGAGUUCAGCAAGCUGAAGCCUGUAACAGAGAAGGAAAAGUAGAACAUCACGGCAAUGUAACGAAAUACCCCUUCCAAGUUAACGUAAUUACUCAAAGCUUAACCCCAGUUGGAUCACAGCUCCACUCUCGUUCCAUUUUAGAACUGAUGUACCCCUAGCACUUGUAAAGAGAUAGAGCACUGCGUCUACAUCGGAUCAAGAAUCUAUUCUUCUUAUUUAUUCAGCAUGCGACUCACUGGACAUCAUUAUUUCCUAGCAGAAGUUCAAGAUUUCAUGACUGACCUUGUCCGGUUUUUAUUAGCACCGAAUUCAAUGAUGACGCGGAUCUUACAAGAGACACACCUCCAGGAAUUUGAACUCAGGAAGGUAUGCUUUCCUCUCGUGCAAAGUGCGAGAAUGAUCAGGAUCAAGUGGGUUCAGAUGUGUGUCUAUAAUACACAGUUCUGAUAAGUCUACAGUUUAAUGCGAAGCACACAAGCCCCGAAUCAUAUCAACAUAAUAUAUAACUAACACGUAUAUCCUUGCCAUUGAGGUAGCGUAAAUUCACAUUCAAGAUUUUAAAAAAAAAAUUGUCCUGCAAAUAGAUUUAUCAGACUAAUGUAUAGUUUAACCAAAGUAAACCUACUCCAUCCAGGCUGUGACAAUAGAGCUUAAUACUCAUAAUUGAUAUCGUCGAGCUGAUGAUCGUGUUUAUCAUUCAGAUGAUCCCACAUAGCUCUAUCGGAUUUGAAGCUCUUAUGAUCCUUGCCUGACUUCCCCUCGCAUUGGAAGCAAUACCAAAGAUGUCCGUGACUAUCCCGAAUCCCUAGACGUGCUGGUCGUGCAAUGCCGGGUACAUGCUUUUGCCGCAGGUGUUCGAUUAGCUCGCUAAGAGUAUAAAAAUGCUCAUCAUAUAAGCAGCCAUAUCCGUUGCAAGUAUAUGAGUGCGGCAUAACGAUUUCUUCUGGUGCGACGAGUUCAAUAUUCUUGUUGGAGAAUUUGAAUUGCACAGUAAGGAUUCGGGCCCGUAUUAUAAUCGAGUUGUGGACUGCGGGGUAGGCAGUGGCGUGAGCUUCCCCCGCCUUUGAGCAGGUCCGUUUGGC